AUGUCUUCCGGUUUGAUGCGUGGCCAUAGUGGACACAUGCCCUACGUGCCAGGUCAUCGAUCGCUUCGCAGGGCCCUCGACGCCCACCACUACCUCUCACUGCUCACCUCUCUUGCUUGCGGCAUGGUGCAACCUGCGCUCCCGAUCGAAAUCAUCGAAUGGAUCAUAGAUUUCAUGCUAGAAGAGGUCAAAAGCGGAGCGUGGGCAAUCAUGCUCAUGGAUUGCAGCCUGGUUUGCCGCGCCUGGCUCCCGCGCUGCCGAUUCCAUCUCUUCAAACGGCGGUGGUUGCCACUGCUUGCCAACGCCCCGAUGCGCGUCUAUCAGUUGCGCGAGGUCUUCGAUGCUCGGCCCCAUCUGUGCAAAUACGUGCAACAAUUCAAUCUAGCUGAAGUACAUCCGCUCCUUGGCCGUCCACUUUACCCGAUAUUCCUUACCGUCUUGGCACCAUACUUCCCGUUGCUACGCGAGUUGGAAAUUGGCGGUCUGACUACACCGCUUUACUGCCAUAGGAUGUUCCGUGCGCCCGCCUUCAAAGCCCCCACCAUCACCUCGCUCCAUAUGAAGAACUUGGUACAGCUCGAGUGGACGAAUAUCUACGACGUACUCUCACUGUUCCCCAACCUCCACGACUUGACUUUCGCCGAUAUCGUCUGGCCCGAGAUCCGCGAAGACGGUUCAAUAGCAAAGAUUCUACCGCUACGACCGCGGCAAAUUUCAUUGCUACCACUCAUCACACGGCUUGCUAUAGCAACUUCCGAGAUGCGCAUUAAUGUUUAUACCGAGCCUCUCCCGACCUUGAGCGCUCAGCUCGGCGGGCUGAUGACCCUGCUCCAUACCUUCGCCAACACAUUGACUUACCUCAAGAUCAACAUCGGGACGUUCAGUUACUUCACUCAUCCAAAUCUGCACCCAGAUCGACAUUGCACAACCACAUAUGACCUCCCGAACCUCGAGGACUUCGAUGUCUACCUCCGAGGCCCGCGCGGCGGUCUUGUCAAGGAAUCAUACGCCGCGCGUGUCGCGAGGGUGCCAAAGCUACUGCGGGCGCUACGUGCCAAGAAACUCCGCAUCGUCUCUGUGCACAUCAGCCAGUUCGAGCUGUACAAGUGGAAGACCCUCGACGGUCUCGCAGCGCUCAACGAUGAACUCGAAGAGCUGUUCGAUCAGAGUCACUUCCCUCGUCUUAUGAAGAUUCGUUUCGACGUCGACUCCACCUUUGCUGGAAGAUAUUGGUGGGACGAACAGUUCGCGGAGAUAUUUCCACGUUUGUGGAAGAGUAGUGUUAUAGAGAACGUGGUAUGCAUUUUACCCAGCGCUGAUUUGAGCCUAUUCGCCGAUUACUACGACCCAAAAGACUGGAAGAUUCAGGAUGACGUAGGACCGCAGGCUACUGAAGAGUUGCGUAGUCAAGGAGAGCGGAAGGACGCUAUAUGUGCUUCCCAGAGGCCCUUACUCGACGAUGCGAACCACAUCGUCACUGGUGCACCUUCCUCGAAGACCAUGGAACUCUCCGCCGCAUCCAGCAUCACGACAACGGUACCCCCUCGCCAAUGCCCGGUGACUAUCACGGCUGGUGCAUCCUCGAGUGGCCCUCCUGUACCCCUCUCCCAGGUAUGGGUCGAAGUGCAACCCAUGUUGUUCAAGAGCUACCACGACACUUCUCAUUCGCCUAUUUCUUCUAUGUCCUAUAUCUCGGUUCUGUUCUCGUCUAGGGAGGAUCUCCUCAGCAUAGUGCAGGCCGUGCAGGCCAUGCAAUGUUUGGGUUCGCGCAUACAGUGCCUGCAAAUGAAGUCUAUUCUCUGGGAAUUCGACACCGCGGACGCCACAACAUCAAGGCUCGACGCGUCGCUAUAUGAAUCAUUGGCGUUGAUGGAAAUCCAGGUGUUCAGUGAAAACAGGGUGCAUGCUCGGCGUGGCGCGGGCCCUACAAUAGAGAUAUUUCAGGCAGCACAGAACAGCAUCAAGAGUCUCACCCUCGACUUAAUGACCAUCGACGGGCUAAGCAAUCCAGGGCCUCCCCAUUCGGUGGCGAGCGUCACAUUCAUUGAUUUACAUUUCAAGAUACUCUCCGAGUUCGUUCUCCACCUCCCAGCUCUUAUGCAUCCGGCCGCAGAGGCGGGCGAUGACAUCCAUAACGCUAGCUUGGGAGCACUGGUACCUGGAUGGUUGGCCCAACUGCGCGCCAUCGCCCUCUCCCUGGACGAGGCCCUUGCCCGCCUGCUUCAUAACAUUGAAGGCCGAACGCAGGACGUGAAAGUGACCAUCGUGGGAGCGAACAUAAGCGAAGACGAUGUCAAGCCCUACGUGCAGGAAAUAUUUCCUACUACUUCGGCCGAAGCGAAACAAUUUUUACCUCGUCGCAAAUAA